AUGGAGCGGAUGGAUCGGAUCGUUGAAGCGAUGCGUGGCGAGGAAUCGUUCGCGGCCGAGGUGAUCGUCGCCGAGACCGCCGAGGACCGCCAGCUCUUCGCCGAGGCGUCAAAGCAACUCGUGUCGGCGCUGCACGGCCUCAAGGGCGUGCGGCGCGCGGUGCCCGGCGUCGAAGACAUCGCCUUACCGCCGGCGGCGCUGCCGCAGUUCUUCUUGCGGUUGCAAGAGACCCUCAAGCUGCGCGAGGUGACGGCAUCGGUUUACGGGCAUGCCGGACACGGGCAGUUGCACCUGCGGCCCCUCCUCGACAUGACGUCGCGCGCCGACGUGCGGCGACUGGAAACGCUCGCCAGCGAUCUCUACGACACGGUCUGGCUGCUCGGCGGCACCAUCAGCGGCGAGCACGGCGACGGCUUGAGUCGUACGCCGUUCACGUCGCGUCAGCAUGGGCCGCUGGUCAAUGUCUUCCGCAGCGUCAAGAACGUGCUCGACCCGGCGGGCGUUCUCAACCCGGGCAAGAUCGUCCCCGCUCCCGGCGCACGGAUGACGCACGCGCUGCGGACGACCGGGCGCGAGCGCUUCCUCGCGCCGAAGCCAACAACGCCACAAGCAAAGCCGCCUGAGACGGUCGAGCUGCAACUCGAGUGGUCUCCGCUCGAGGCAGCCGACGCGGCGCGGGCGUGCAACGGUUGCGGCGCUUGCCGCUCCGUUGGGUCCGAAGUCCGGAUGUGCCCGAUCUUCAAGUACACGCCGCGCGAAGAGGCGAACCUGAUGCGGGGGGUGUUGUCGGGCGAGUUGUCGGCCACGGAGCUGCUGCUCGACGACGCGAAGAAGGUCGCCGACCUCUGCGUCAACUGCCACCAGUGCCGCCUCGAGUGCCCCGCCGAGGUCGAUAUCCCCAAGCUGAUGCUCGAAGCCAAAGCCGCUUACGUCGCGACCAACGGGUUGCAACGCGACGCUUGGUGGUCGGCCCGCAUCGACACGCUGGCCAAAUACGCCUCACGCUGGCCGAGGCUGGCGAACGUCGUGAUGCACAACGGCGCCGCGAGGUGGGCGCUAGAGCAGACGAUUGGCCUGGCCGCGG